AUAACCUUCUCUCUUUUCCAUCUCCCAUCCUUCUGUUUUCCAAUAUUUUAUUUUGAGCAAAGGUUAGGAGCAAUGGGUGUUGGUGGAAAGCUUGCAGUGGAGAUGGAGAUCAAAUCCUCUGCAGAUGAGUAUUUUCAUGCUUGGAUAGAUCAUGGGGCCCUAUUUUCCAAGGCUAUUCCUGAUGAUCUCCAUAAGUCUGAAGUACAUGAAGGGGAUGGAAAGAGUUUGGAGUCCACCAAUUCCUACAACUAUGUCUUAGAUGGAGAUAAAGUUGUCUCUGCCAAAGCCAAGAUGGAAGCCAUAGAUGAAGAGAGCAAAUCACUCACUUUGAAUGCAUUUGAUGGACAUGUUGGAGAGCUUUUCAGUAAGUACAAGCUGCAUGUGCAAGUCUUUAUUAAAGAUGGCAAGAACUUUGUGAAAUGCACCAUAGAAUAUGAAAAGCUAAGUGAGGAGGUCCCUGAGCCAAUUAACUAUCUGGAGGUUACAACCAAGGUUGCUAAGGGGAUUGAUGCGCAUCUUGUUCAAUCUUAGAACCAAGGAGUUAAACCCUAAUGCUUGGAUUAAUGCUGAUCACUGCUUGCUUAUGAUUGGAAGUAAAAUCAUAAUUCUAGAUCAUAUUUCUUGUUUAUUCAUGUUUGUGAGAACCUAUUUCUCCCUAAUUUGGGAAGUUAAUUUGUGUGACAUAGAAAUGUUUGUUGUCUUACCUCUACAUCUAUGUAGUUCUGUAAUGGUUUUGGAAUAUUAGAAUAAAAAAUGUGAUCACAUAAUCUUUAUAUAUGAUAAAUUUUUGGGCAGGGGAUUUCUAUGCUGCCUGCGUGUUUUGAUA